AUGGAUGGAAAGGCGGUAGAGAUGUUCUUUGCGAUCUACUGCCGCUCUGACGGCAAGAGCCGCGCUCCCAACACGGUGGGCAUGGAGGGCUGCGAGCAAACCUGGAACGCCCUUGUGCGGGCCAACGGCACCCAGAUCGACGACGAGACCUUGGCGGAGGCCAAAGCCACCAGGCCUUCCAGGAGGUUUGCCGCCUGGUGCCUGCACUGCUGCAACGGCCUGAUGUCCAACGGCCGCCGCAGCUACGACUUUGAGUCCCAGAGCUUCCGCUGCCACUACAUGUACCACACGCCCUCCUGGUGGCGUCCAACUUGGGGCGCGGAGGACAAGGACUGCAAGGCGCACUGCCAGGCCCAGUGA